AUGCCUGAAGACGUCUUUCUCUCAUCUCCGCGCAAGGCUCCGGCACACCGGCGAUCCGCCACCUCCUUGCGGGGCCCGUCAAGCCUGGCGAACACGCUCGACGGCGGAGAAGAUGCCGGCAACGGGCGUUUCUCGCUCGCUCACGAACUCGCCGUUGCUAUGAUGCCCGAACCGAGCUCCGGGUCCAAGCUUCUCGCGGAAGAAUUUGGGAUAGAGUUCGACGAGGGCGCGGAGGGGAUUGAUGAGCCUGACCGGCCACAGACGCGGGUCGAGGACCCCACGUUUGCGGAACCAGAUCCACAGUUGCUGGACUCGGCGGCUUUUGACCAUGGCUCAACGGAGCCACCCGACUUUGGUAGUGACCCGACAUUCGCCUCUCCGUCGUCUGUGGCGCCCAAAGAGGAGGCUCCAGUAUCGCAGGAUGCGAUGGAGACUCUGGCCCAAGAUCUGAAGUCUACCGACAACUUCCUAGCUCACCUACGACACAUCGAUGGUGACGCGCCUACAUCUGCUCCAGCCGCAUCCUCCUCCUCGUCACAACCCGCCCUUGAACAGCUCGCCUCGGACGUCAUUCGAAGAUACAAUGACACGGCCCGGGACCGCGAAAGUCAAGUCCGGGAACUGCUUGAAUACGAACGCGAAUUUCGUCGCAUUGCUGGCGAAGUGGGCGGUCAGGACGUGCUUGGCCAUCUAGACGCUUUGCCCGAACACGAGAGCGAGGUUGAAGCUGCUCCGCCUUCAUCUAAGCACAGCGCUGUUCAUGAGGAUGAGCCCGCACCACCACCAGUACGGCCGAGCCACGCUCGUGCUCUGUCCACAGACUGGGAGGUCGACCCAGACGCUGAUGGACUGGACCCGGCGUUCAAUCAGCAAGACGACGAAGACGCGGAAACAUCACCUCCCGCCGCCCAACUGGGCUUCUCCCUGUCGCCCCCAAUCACAGCAGCAACGCCUCGAGUGGCAGGCCGCAAGCCUGGUCCAGCAGCUGCAGCCCAGCUUUCUGAGCUGCGAUCUCUGACAGCCUCGCUCGUUUCCUCGCUGACCAGUGUGUCGGAACAGGCCCAGGUCAACGGUGCCGCCACAGCCGAAGCCGGUCGGAAGCUGCGGGCGCUGAGAAACCGGCUCGGAGGUUGGAGGACUGAGUGGGAAGGCGCCGAACGAAGCCGGGGGCGCAUCGAGCGGUGGGAGGCUGGUGAGGCUCUGGAGCUUGGCGGAGAUGCCCCCGCUGCUCUCGGAUCAAAACGUGUGGACGGGCGCAAGAUAGUCGAAGAGCACUUGCAUGCGUUCGAGCUCGCACUUGCUGAUGCUGCAUCCAAGACCCAGGCCAUGAUGGCUGCUUCAUAG